ACCUAUAUAUCUCUCUCUCUUCUUCUCUUUAUCCUCGCCCAAAUUGCCAGUCAUUUGCCUCUUAUCUCUCUCUCUCUCUAUCUUAUGCUGAACAAGAUUAGAUUUGAGCGUCAGGUGUUCGAGAGGGCGGCCGCACAAGGAAGGGGGAAGGACCCAUCAUCGUAAACCUCUCUCAGAUCCAAUCUCUCUAGCUGAUAUGGACGGCCUCUGGCUCUCCCAAUGCUACCACAACCACUCCGAGUUUAUGACGACAGCCGCCAGGCCAGCUCAACAAUUUGUCCCCCAAAAAUACCGAGCCCCCUCAGCCCGGCAAGAAGCAGUUCAUCAUCGAACCCUUUCAAAGCUUUGGCCUCGAUCCCGAAGCUCGCGUUUGUCACCCAGACAGGUAUAUUGGGGAGCCCUUGGAUUGCCGUCAUCGCAGCCGUUCCUGUCAAUCUCUGUUACUGUUUCUGUGUAAUUGGGCAAUGGCGUGCAGGCCUACUUCUCCUACCGAGUAACCACCAAGAAACGGUGAAGGCUCCAGAAGCAAUGGCGAGCACUAAUUCUACAAUGGUUGUAGUUGAACAAGCUAUAAUUAAAUUGAAUUGUUAGCUAUAACUUGAAGUAUGUAGGACUGUUAGCAAACGGGUAGCAAGACUGAAGACCUCCUCUCUCUCAGAGCCUCUCUCUCUCUCUGAUGGACUGUAUGCUCAACCAUCUCUCUCUCUCAUCGCAGUGACCACCAGUUGACCACCACCGCAGUGACCGCUAGUGGUCACGAAUCAGUCGUGACUUGUCUCCAAUACUAUUCCUCUUUGAUUCAGUCGCGAUGUAGUUCUAACAAUCUCCAAAUGUACGAUCUCAAUCAUAUUCAGUUCUUCCUUCUUCUUUUUAUUAUUUUUUUAUUGGGUUUCUGAAUUGAUUGAUACUUGCUAAAAUUGUUUGGGUUUCUUGACUGGGUUUUUGGAAAUUGUUGUUUCUAAUUGAUUAUCUCUCUGAAAUUGAUUGUCUGGGAUUGCUAAUUCUGUGCUAUUCUUGGUUUGGAGUUGAGUGCUCAUCAGAUGGGAAAGUCAUCAGCUUGUGAGUUUUCGUUUGUUUCCUUUUGUGUGCCUCUUGUUUUCUGAGAUUGAAGCAAAUAGCUCUCGAGUCAGUUUGAGUUUUCUAUGGCAGUAAAGAAAAUGAGUUUUGUAGAUAUGUUGGGUUUGUAUAUUAAGCACUUCUAAAUUGAUUUGUGGUGGGGGUUUCGUAGGAAUAUCAUGUAAUAAAAUUAACCACUCACCUUUUUGAGCUUAAAGCUUAAAAGUGAUUUGGAAUUCAUGAACUUGUAAUGAUUUAAGAACACGGCAGCUUUUUAUUGGUGUUGUCCUUAGAGUUGCUUUGUGCCAGGAUUUUUAAUUGUAUUGAUUUAGAGGCUCUCAAAGAGUUUUGGUGUUCUUAAUUUCAUGAGCUUGAAGUUGGAUGUGAUCAACUUGCAGGAAUUUGAAAGAUCUUUGUCUUGGUGGAACAUUGGCUCCUGGGGAAGCUGGUUUACAUAAAAUCCAUGUAGGACUAUAAUUGGUUCUAAGUCCUACAAAAUGCAUUCCAAUGUUCCUUUUAAUGUGUUUUUCAGAACUUUUGCUUUAAUGUAUUACUCUUGAUCUGAAUUGGUGCUUCUUUACUACAGAAUUUUGCGGAAUAAUUCUUUUACUGGGAACAUGUAUACUUUCUUCAGAUUUUAAAUUUUAAAGUAUAAGGAUUUAAUCAGGUCAGACUUUUCUAUAGGGCUGCUGUGUAAUAACAAUUCCUGUUCUUUCAGCUAUUUAAGCUGUGUGAUAUAUAUAUAUAUUCAGUUUUCUUUCCUGUUUUUUUGUUCUUUCAAUUUCCUCAAAAGAAGUAUGGUGAUAUUCUUGGCAAGGCAAUUGAAAUUUGUAUUCUGUUACUUCAAGCACUAUUCCUCUGUUGACAAAUGUAUGAUUGCAUAUAAAGCUCCUCUUGAUCCCAGCACUACAUUAGGUGGUUUAUGGGAAAAAAUAUUCCAAGGUAAUGAUUUUAUCCUUUUUUUUUUUCCUGAAAUCGAGUCUAUUUAAUUUAAAUCAUUUCAAGUUGAAAGAAAGAUUGAGUCUUGGAGUCUUUGAUAACUGUUAUGAUCUUUCCAAAACAGGCAUCAGCAUUUUUAAUAAUUUAUCCGGUAAACAAUGCUAUUAAUAAAGAGGGGAAUGAAACUGAAAGAGCAGUGGCAUGGGAGAAGGCCUUUCUUGAGUUGGCAAAGCAAGAUGAUGCAGUGGCUUAUAUUAAUGAUGCUCUGAAACAAGGAACUGAAAUUUCUUCAUUCCGCAAAGAUAAGAUAGGAGGAGACGAAAAGAGGACUUCUUAUUGGUAUGAUGGAAAUACAAUUAUAGGUCAUAGAUUAUACAAGGAAGUAACUGUCAUUGAGUCGAAGACAAAAGUUAGGAGAAAAGGGUGUUUGAACCUACCAAAUAUCAGUUUCCAGUGGGAAACACUAGCAACCAAUCUCGAGGAAUUUCAGAAAGUUAUGGAUGAACUCUCAUCAAGCAAAGUUGCAGGAGAACGUGAUGCUGCUAAGACUAUUGAAACUGAUGCUAUUCCUGCUCUUGAGAAACUUCAGAAGCAGUUACAAGACGGCUGCCAGUGGAUUCUCUGCUAAGCUCACUCAACAGUGAAAUUAAAGGCUGUUGUUGAUGCGAAAGUAAAGGUUGUUGUUGAUGCAACUUCUGCUGGCAUCUUCAUUGUCAUCAUAAAGUGUGUUCUUCAAGACUUGGUUGGUUUCAACAUUUUACUAAAUUUUGUUAGAAAACUAGUUCUGUUGAUGUAAUGACUUUGUUGGAUAUAUGGAUGAAUGUAUUGGAUUUUAACAUAAAUGAAUGUGUUUUGGAUGUGA